CAAAUUUUCUUUCCCGUUACACCCCAACGUCUCUUUCCAAGCGAAAAAAGUUAGGAUUUUUAUAUCACUAUACCCAUCAAAAUCACACUCUCACUCGCUCCCUCUCAUUUCUUCAUCAUCUCUUUUCUCUGCAACUCCGACACUCAACCAUGGCACUCAGACCUAUCGAUAACGCUCUUCCAACAACCCCAGAGAGACCCAAAAAACAACCCAAGAUCGCAAUUGUAGCAACCCAAAAACAACAAGACCGUGCUAAUGGCGAAAACCAAGCUCCGUUGCCCUCAUCUGGGGAUGCCACUGUUGACUAUGUCUCCUCCGACAACCUUAAACCCUUGUCGGACCCCCAAUUCAAGAUUCAGAGUUUGGUUGAGGAUUUGGAUUCAAAAAAUUGGACCAUAGUGUGUGAGUCGCUGAACGAUGCUAGGCGCUUCGCGUUGUACCACUCCUCUCUUCUGUUCCCCAUCUUGGGAAAAAUUGUGUUGGUGGUGGCGAAGACAAUGAGGAACCCUCGCAGUGCUCUGUGCAAAACCGCUAUUAUGGCUGCUGCUGAUAUUUUCAAUGCUUUUGGUGACAAGUUGCUUGACCCCUCUACUUCUGAUGCAUUUGAUGGCUUGCUGCUGCAGCUGCUGCUGAAGGCAUCCCAAGAUAAAAGGUUUGUCUGUGAAGAAGCUGAUAGGGCACUUUGCUCAAUGGUGGGUUGCAUGACCCCUCUUCCAAUGCUUCAGAAACUGAGGGUUUAUGUGAGUCAUAAAAACCUUAGGGUCAGGGCCAAGGCUGCUGUUUCUCUCUCCAACUGUGUCUCCAAGAUGGGGCUUGAACAAAUGGAGGAGUUUGGAUUGGCUGAACUGAUUGAAGUGGCAGCGGAUUUACUGAAUGAUAGGCUUCCAGAUGCAAGAGAUGCAGCACGAAGUAUUGCAACUUCAAUGUGUGAGGCAAUGACAAAGGACUCAGAAGAGAAGAUGGAGUUGUGGCAGAGCUUCUGCCAAUCCAAGUUAUCACCAAUUCAUGCUCUUUCAGUUCUGAAGAUAGUUAAGCCCUAAAAUGGAGGAGUAUUUGUGAUGAUAGUCACUAGUCAUAUAUAUAUAGCUGAAGGCAGAGUUUAGAAAUUUAGCUUUAUUUGUUGAAAUGCUCAUGGUUCUUCAUGAGUAGCGAUAUUGGAAUAACAUUUCAUUCAUUCAGUUUGGUUCUAGUACUGUGUAAUCAUCUACUUCUAUAGUACUGCCACAAUUUGUUUGCUGUGGAGCAGCAGUCUUUCAGAAUGCAAAUACUCCGUUUACAAAUGUUAGCUAAUCUGAAUAUCCCUC